GUAUGGUAAUCCAUACCUGACCUAGAAAAUUACCUACAUACCAGUUUACCAUAUCCAUACAGGUAACCUAUGUACUAUCGAGUUACGGUCUAACAGCGAAGCGACCCCCCGACUUUUUAUUAUUAUUACUACUUACGGAUAAGCCAACAAGCCAGCUUAUCCACUUACAUAAACUCCCCUAUCGACAACCCUCGGUCCCCUAAAACAUUCUUAACGACACUUGUCGGUCUCAUUCUGUCAACACACUUUCCUUCCUCCUCCAAACUUCAAACUUCAAACUUCUAGCCCUUUUUUAACUCGUAUUAUCUGGAUAAACAGUCUGCUGUAUUACCCAAUCAGGAACUUCUCACUUUAAAUAGCUCGAUUUCUUAGGAAAUCGACGCAUUCGCCAUAUUCAUCAUGGAGUUGAAUCCUAAGUACGACCACUAUGACUUCCCUACAACCGCUCCCGUAGCGAAACCAGGUCAUCCAGGCCACUUGACCGAGGCCCAGCAAGCUCAGGUUCACCAGCUACGCAUGCUGCUCGAGGCCGAAGGUUAUACCAAGCGGCUGGAUACCCUGACGUUGUUGCGUUUCCUGCGAGCUCGAAAGUUCGACGUCAACUUGGCCAAGAAAAUGUUCGUCGACACCGAAAAUUGGCGGAAGACUCUUCUGUACACCGGACAGCCCCUUAAGAUCGACGGUCGGACUAUCAGUCUCGACGAGGAGAUAGGCGAGUGGGACAAAGACGGGUCCUUCAAGCAGAAGGUGUCAAAGUAUUACCCUCAGUACUACCACAAGACAGAUAAGGACGGCCGACCGGUGUACAUCGAACAACUUGGCAAGAUUGAUCUCACUGCUAUGAAGAAUGAAGGUAUCGAGUAUGAGCACAUGUUGGUCAACCUGGCUGUUGAAUACGAGAAAAUGGCGGACCCGCGACUACCCGCUUGUUCGCGCAAGGCUGGUCAACUACUCGAGACAUCUUGCACCAUCAUGGAUUUCAACGGUGUCGGCUUCGGCAAUGCGCGUCAGGUUUUCGGCUACAUCCAGGAGGCGUCCGGUAUGAGCCAAAACUAUUACCCGGAACGUCUUGGCCGCAUGUACCUCAUCAACACCAACUGGCUGUUUACUGGCGUGUGGCGUAUGAUUCGCCCUCUGCUCGACCCCGUCACUGUUGAGAAGAUCAACGUUCUCGGCGGUAACUACCAGAAGGAACUCCUGAGCCAGAUCCCCGCCGAAAACCUCCCUAAGGAAUUCGGCGGUACCUGUCAAUGCGAGGGCGGUUGCCAUUUCAGUAACGCGGGCCCCUGGAAUGACCCUGAGUUCGCGAAGCCUGCCUGGUGGGAGAACAAGGAUGGAGCGAUAGAGAACAGGCCGACAGAGAUCGGCAGCGGUGCGGGUGCCGUCGCUGCCGGUGGUGCUACCGCCGUGGAGGGAGCCGAAGCUACAGCACCUGCCCCGGCCGCCGCUUAAAGGAAACAUAAGGUUGCAUUUAUAUACAAAAAGGAAGGGCAUAAGUUCAGAUGAAGCGGGGAGUCAGUAGGUGUGGUUAGAUAGGAUCAUUAAGGCACAUGAGGAAGUGGCCGCUGAAAUUUCUCGAUCCGGACGACUUUUUAUUCCGGACAAAAUCUCAUCGCAAAUUUCAGCCUGCAGGCAUACGAGCCUUAAUAGGGCCU